AUGCAAUAUAUAUACUACACUAACUGGAAGUCCCAGAAACUCCAGGGCCACGUGAGCCAUGGCCAUGGUUGCAUUGGUAAACACCGAAAGCAUCCAGGAGGCUGCCGGAAUGCUGGAGGCAUGCAUCACCACAAGAUUAACUUUGACGAAUACCAUCCAGGUAACUUUGGUAAAGUUGGUAUAAGGCAUUACCACUUAAAGAGGAACCAGAGCUUCUGCCUGACUGUCAACCUGGCUAACUUGUGGACACUGGUCAGUGAGCAGACACGGGUCACUGCUGCCAAGAACAAGACUGGAGAUGCUCCCAUCUCUGAUGGGCGAUCGGGCUACUACAAAAUUCUGGAUGGAAAGCUUCCUAACCCUGUCAUGGUGAAAGCCAAUUUUUUCAGCAGAAGAGCUGAAGAGAAGAUAAAGGGUGUUGGAGGUGCCUGUGUCCUGGCUUGAAUCACCCAGGGAGGUUAAUUAAAUGUUAACAUUUUUAAAAACAUUUAAAAAAGUGUGGUGGGCACAUCUUUAGCCCCAGCACUUGGGAGGCAGAGACAGACAGAUCUCUGGGAAUUUAAGACUAGCCUCACCUAGUCCUAAAUAUGAAGUUCCAGGGCAGCCAGCAAUAUAUAGUAAGAACUUGUCUCAAAAUAAACAAGAGAGGAGUU